UACUAUCCCUCACAAAUCUUACAACCAAUCAAAAUACAGCAAUUUAAAUCCAACGCUCAACGUUUCAAGUUACCUGCUCACACGGAUAGCUAGGAAUCAAACGGUUACAGCUCCAUAUCUGAACCCUAUAUAAACUCCGACUUCUCCGCAAUUUAACAGAAAACCACUUUCGUUCACAAUCAGUUUCAUUAGAGAAAUAAACUCAAGAAAUCACACAGCCAUGUCAGGAAGAGGCAAGGGAGGAAAAGGUCUCGGAAAGGGAGGAGCGAAACGACACCGUAAGGUUCUUAGAGAUAACAUUCAGGGAAUAACAAAGCCUGCAAUUCGCCGUCUCGCGAGACGCGGUGGUGUGAAACGUAUCAGCGGGCUAAUUUAUGAAGAAACUCGCGGUGUUCUCAAGAUCUUUCUUGAGAAUGUGAUUCGUGAUGCUGUUACCUAUACUGAGCAUGCUCGCCGUAAGACUGUUACUGCGAUGGAUGUUGUUUAUGCUCUCAAGAGGCAGGGCAGAACUCUCUAUGGUUUCGGUGGUUAGGAAAUUAGGGUUUUUUGUAAUUUGAAUCUCAAUGUUGAUGUAUAAUGUGUAAUAAUACUUGAGCUUUAGCAUUGACACUGUUUUAAUUGA